CAAAGGCGAUGUUAUAGUUAGUAAAUAAGAUUUAAUUCGUUCAAACGUGCGUCUGUAUUUAUAAGACUAUAUAAACUAAUCUCACAUUUCAUUUGAUAAACGACGUGCUUUAAAAUAUGUGUUGCCAAUAAAUUUAUCGAUAGGCACAUAUUUAAAAGUUUUUUUCUGAUAUGUUGUUGUUAUUAUUUACAUAUUAUUAAAGGUUGCGGUAACAGCUCGCCAGAAUGACUCAAUAAACAUGGGGGAAUUCAUUCUGGAAUUUACAUUCUCAGCGCGCAUGCGCGUGUAGCCUACGUAACUUAUAUGAGCGGUUUCGUUUUCAUAAGCCAUCAAAAAAACGCUUUCAGUUGACGUGUUGGCAUUUUUGAUGAUUGUUAAAAGAUGGACGGCACGGUUGUUUUAUCUCCUGAAAAGCUUUUACAGCAAUAUUUGGGCUUCCUCAGUAAGUAUAUGACUGGGCCUUUAGUUCAGAAGAUGUCCUGCUGUUUGUGCCGAUCCAACAAAAUCACCAAACAUGAAGAACAGGUUAUUACAUCUCAGUCCACAGACAUGCAGAAAGCCUCCAGACUGAUUCAGAUUGUCAUUAAAAAGGGACAAAAUGCGUGCAGCUCUUUUCUCAGUUGCCUUGGACUUUGCAACCCAGCAUUGUAUGAAAAUGUCACUGGAUUUCCCGCACACUUUAGUGACGAGGGUCAUCAACAUUUAGAGGAAAUUCCUCUCUCAGAUAAAGUGCAAUUUACACCUUAUAUUAUAAACAUACAAAACUCUUCCCUGAGCAACUGCAUUAUUGGGAACAACAAUAACCAAUGCAUUGCCUGUGAUCAGCAUGCUCUGCUUCCUCAGAAUGAUGCAAUCAGCGAGGAAGAAACGGCAGAUCCUCAGAGCCAUGAUCAGCUGAUCCCACCGCAGGACACAAUAAGUGGCAGCAGCAUCAUUCAAGUGGAGAAAUCCAGCAUGGAGUAUGUCAUUAUUGGGGACCACAACAGCAUGACGGUCACAGAGAGCUGUGACUCAGAUGUUGAGGAAAAUACAGAGACUGAGGCUGACAUGAUCAGUUAAAAGGUGUGAAAUGGUGAUCAGGGGAAAUUCAGCUCGACCUAUGAUUGUACACUGGAAGGAUAUAUUUAACAUGCCUUCUUUUGACCGAUGCUUUGGUGCUCAGGCAGAGCUUAUUUUACACUUCUGUGCUAUGAGCUGAAACUGUUUUUUUUUCCUGAUUGAUACUGAACUGAACUAUGUUUCUCAUGUUUUAAUGAGUACAGCAAUGUUUAUUGUUUUAGCUGAAGUAUCUGAAAAGAUGCUGGCUGACAUCGUAAUAAUGUAUUAUGUAGUCUUUUUAUAAGCUCUCUGCGAACAUAGAUGCUCUGUAUGCUUUUUACAUUUUAUCUUAAUGCAAAAUAAUAAUAAUAACAUGUAAAGCACCUUGUAAAACCUAUGAAAUUAUUUAAUUAAGAUGAACUAUUUCGUUUUUAAAACUAAAUCUUUAGUGAUUUGACUGCUGGAUUGCUCCUAGAUUGAAUUCAAACAUGUAAUAUUACAUUCAAAUUAAAAGUUUUAGACCCUCACCAUACGAAAUAUGAUAGAAAACAUUGUUAUACAUAAUUUAUAGGAAUCUUUUAUACUUCUAGGUAUUUAUUUGGGAGCCCUCAAAGUUCCUGGAGCCCUAAGCAGCCACUUACCUUAUUGGUUCAAUCCGCCCCUGUUUACUCUAGUACAGGGGUCACCAACAUGGUGCCCGAAGGCACCAGGUAGCCCGCGAGGAUCACAUGUGUUGCCCGCAGGUCUGUUC